AUAUAUAUUGUUUGAGACCAUUCAUUCUUCCAGUUUCAAUAUCAAAUUAAGUUUGAUUCUAAGCAUAUAAAAUUCUUAACAUUUUUUUGUUUCAAUCUAUAUUUUUCUACAUGACAUGUUCUGGGUGGCUUUGUUCUCUUCGGAGAUCAGGUAGAUCACGGAAACAACUUGAUAAGGAAGAAAGCUUGUGUAAGAAGCCAAACGUAAAUGAAGAAUAUCUGGAAACAUUUAGAACAAAGUCUUAUAUUGAAAUAUGCAACAAAGCACAAGGGCAAUUUGGGAAGACAAUCAACACCAAAAGACUCUCUUCAUCUUGUUCAACAUCUUCUCCUCUUCCUCCUAUAUGCCUGAAUCUCACCGAGUCUUUGCUCGAACCCCGACAUGAAAUCAUAACAAACAUGAGACGAAACUUUAAGGUGCAUGAUCUUCUAGUUAACUAUUUCGAUGCUAGCUUAGAAGCAAGUCGUUGUUGUGACACAAUCCUUGAAGGAAUCCACUCAACAAGAAUUUCUUAUACAAGAAUCACACGAGUUGUUAAGUUAAGCAAAAGGGUGCUAAAUGAACAAACAAAGAAAGAUAUCUAUAGAGAGCUUGCUUCAUUUUCAUCAAAAGUACAAAACAACCCUUUGUCCGUUAUUAGUACAAUGCAAUUCGAUAAUAUUCACAAUAGGUACAUUGAACUUCUUCAUAGACUAACAUCAAAGAGAAAGAAAAUUCAAAGAAGAUUAGCAUUGAUUAGGGUUUGCAAGAAAGUUGGAGGAAUUGCUCUUGUUACAUCACAUGGUGCCAUUCUUAUUGCUUUAUUAGUGGUUUCUUUUCAUAGUGUAGUAGGGUUAGUGGCUGCACCAAGUAUUGUAGGUAGUUUGGUUGGUUUGUUCAUAAAGAAAAUCAAAAUUAGGUUAAGAAGAAGUUCUUAUUGUGAAAGACUAUGUGAACAACUUGAUGCUGCUGCAAAAGGGGUUUUUAUAUUGAUAAAUGAUUUGGAUACUAUGAGUAGGAUGGUGAAGAGGUUGAAUGAUGAAGUGGAGCAUAGGAAAAUUUUUGCUGAUGUUUGUGUGAAGAAUAAUGUUGGUAGUAAAUGUGAAAUAUUGAAGAGGGUUAUGAGUGAAUAUCGAGAUCAAGAGUCUAGCUUUUUGGAUCAGUUGGAAGAGCUUGAAGAACAUGUUUACUUGUGCUUUCUUACCAUCAAUAAAUCUAGGAGACUUGUUAUGCAACAAAUUACAGAGAAAAAUAAAUAAAGGGAAAUGCUAAUCGAUGUUUCAGGGUACUGGUUAAGGAAGUAAAGCUUGUUGAUUUGUUAUUUCAAAUCGUUUUUGUUUAUUUUCUUUGAUUCUUCUAAACCCUAGAAUAUGUAAUUAUACAUAGUGAAAAAAGUUACAUACAAAAUUAGUGGAUCAAGUAGAGGUUAUUCUUAUUUGUUUUGCUGUCAAUUUUUAUUGUACAUGGUUGAUAUUGAACCGAACUAAAGAUA